GGGUGUGGUUAUUAAGACUUGGCCACACCCAUUAAAGGGUGUGGCUGAGCGUCAAGAGAACAUUCUGUACAGAAAUGGCAGUAGAUCUGUCCCUCUUUCCUGCUGCUAGUAAGAGGAGACGAAAGAGGCCAAUAGCCAGAGCUGUUCACAAGUUUGUUGGAGUUUCAGAAGAAGAGCUGUCCUUCUCUCCAGGAGAAAGCAUCCUGCUAAUAAAGAGAGUGGACGAGAACUGGCUGGAGGGAGAGUUGGACGGGAGAAUAGGAAUCUUCCCAAAGAACAGGGUCAAGGUUGAAGUGGGGAGUCCUUCCCUUUCCUCUGAGAGUGCCCUCGCUCGUUCAGGCAGAGCCUGUGCUGUAGCACUCAACGACUUCCCGGGGGAUUGCCCGGGAGACCUACCCUUGCUACAGGGACAGAUCGUCGAGUUGCUAGGCAACAUAGGAUCAGGGUGGAGCCGAGGAAAGAUAGACGAAUCCAUUGGAAUAUUCCCAACAUCAUUCGUAGAGAUACUCCAGCCACUGGCAAGGGGACACUAUAAGAUUAAAGAGGAAGAAGGUGUGGCUAAGGAAGAGGGUGGGGCUAAAGAAGGCGAUGAUAAUGGUUUGAUGAAAGAAGAGGGCGGAGCUAGUGACAGUGUAGUUAUUAAACCGAUACCAAAGCCACGGUCAGUUAGACCAGUCCCUAAGCCGAGGGCUGGUACUGCAACACUACCACGAUCAUUCAAGCCUAGCAGUGAAGCGAUUGAUAGUGGGCGGGGCUUAAGUAAUGGACUCCACCCACUUCCUCGGUUUAGUAACAUAUCAGAAUAUGAGGAGCAAUUACUGGGACUUCAGUCCUCACUUGAAACGGAAGAAAAAAUGAUACAAAGUGCUCAGAGAUUACUAAAGGUUUGUCAAAGUGAGGAGAAAAGAGAAAAAUUAGAGAAAACUUUAGAAAACCGUCAAAAUAAAGUUGACGAAAUUAAUGAACAGAUAAACCUCCUUGAAUUUCAUAGAGCAGAUAUCAUUGCUGAUCAUCAAAUCAGAUCAGCUCCUGCCACACCCCCAAUACCUCGUUCAAUAACCACACCCCCUAAAGACCCAUCAGACCAGAGGGAGAGGGUCACCAAUGAAUUAAUAAACACUGAGCAGGAGUACCAUAAGGAACUGACUGCCUUUUGUAGCAAAGUAUUACCAGCUUUUAAACAAUGGAGAGAAGUACCAUGGAGUGAAUUAUUUUCAAAUCUUGAGGAGGUCGUUCUUGUGUCUGGUAAGAUGGUUACUGGUCUAUUGGCGGACAAGAGAGAGUCACUGGACGUUGGUGCUCUAUUUAAAGAACUGGCCCCGGAACUGAGAGACAAAUAUGGAGUUUAUUGUCGGAAUCAUGACCACGCCUCCCAACUACUGGAGAAGCUCUAUGAAGAUAAGGAAACAGUAAUGAAGAUAAAGACUAUGAUGGACUUGGGAAAACCCGAAGUCACGUCAUGGGAUCUCCAUACAUUUCUCAUAAAACCGGUCCAACGGGUUUUAAAGUAUCCGCUGUUGCUAGGGAAACUCCUUGAGUACAUGCCCCCUGACGACAGCAGACACAAAAUAUUAAUGAGCUCACUAAAACUUUCAUCUCAAGUAGCUCAGGACAUCAACGAAAUUAAGAGAAGAAAGGAUCUACUUGAUAGAUACACUGGGUCAGGUCGAGACGAGAGAAGACUCAACCUCGGGACCAUGAGGAAGAAAGUGAGACGAUUUCGUCAAACUAUCACACAAAAAACAGGAUUAAGAUCAGCUACAAUAGAUGGGGAGUAUUCGAACCAAGAGAAUAUUGUAAUGAAUAUUGAAGGAGCCGUACGAUCAUUAAUUAAUAAUAUUAAUGGGUUUAUCGAGGAAGGAGAAAAUUAUAUCAGUCAUCGUGAAUCACUGACUGAGUAUAUGAGCGACUUCUCUGGCCAAUCAGAAUCACUGAAUAAGGAAAAGAGACACUUUGAGGAAAUGAAGAAAAAAUGGAAAAAUCAUGUGUCAGUCUUGCGUAAUGAGGUCCUUGGUUCAUUAUCAGUGUUAUUAGGAUUAUUCAACGACCCGUUGUUAUUGAUGAAUAAAAGACGUGACAAACUGUUGGACUAUGACUCACUCCAGUAUGAUAUGGAGAGGUGCUCUGAGCCUGAUAAACUACAGCAGCUGAGGGAAGACGUCACUCUAGCCAAAAGAACAUAUGAAGCUCUUAAUACUCAACUUAUUGAAGACCUUCCUCUAUUCUCGGAUAAAGCUCUUCAAGGAUUGAGACUGAUCCUAGUCUCUUACUUAGAGAAGAGCCUCUCCUUUCAUGAAAACAUGUCAGCCAUCCUAUCAGGUGGACAAGAAGAAGCUGCCGCUACUACAGAGGAAGACAUCAUGAGGGUACACAAGGAAGAGCUAAAGGAUCUCUUGGAGAACCUCUGUACACUAUCAGUCAUACCUUCCUCCCUCUCUCUCUCCUUUGGCAUCGUUGUCACUAGCAACAGGUCACCACGGUUACCAUCAUCAAGGUUGACUGAUGACGUGUUGCUACGGAAACCAAUCAAAGGAAGGCGUGUCUCUAUGCCUAGUUCAUUGAGAGGGGCAUUAAAUAGAAGAUCACAAUCGCCAAUAUAUGAGGAAAUAUCUGAUGAUGUCAAAGCUAGUGUCUUAUCAAAGAGUGUCUCUGUUGAUCUGUUGUCCCCUCCCAGUGUUAAUGAAUAUGACCUUCCUCCUCUUGAAGAUGAUGACGUAACCACACCCACUAAUAAUGAGACCACACCCAUUGAUGGUGAAGCCACACCCACUCGUACAGAGACUCCUGAUUAUGAAAUACCUCCUGAUGCUCUACUUCUGACUCCGCCCAUCUCCCCCUCUCCCCCUCCCCUCUCUCCUGAGGACUCCCCCCCUCCUGCUGGAUCAGUGUUAAUUGUCUUGUAUGAUUUCGUUGCUGAAUCUGAUCUUGAGAUCUCAGUAUCAGCUGGUGAUUGCGUUAAGCUGAUUGCCCCUAAUGAUACUGAUGGGUGUGACCAAUGGUGGUUAGUUGAGGUACCCUCUACUGGUGGGAGGGGCUACGUUCCUUUUAACUUUUUUGAAAUAUCAAACUAAUCUCUUAAUGUCUUUUUUAUUUCUCAUUUUUGCUGUCCUUUUGCUUACUUUAAUUGAAACUAUUAUAUGGGCUGUGCCCAUGAAUUCUGAAUAAAACAA